UUUGGCCUUGACAUUACUUCUGAAGCUCGUGAUGCUGCGUAAACAAACCGGAAAAUCAAUUUUCUGAAAUAAAAAUGAAUCCACCACAAAUUACGCUGAAGCUGAUUGUCUUCCUACAUUUCAUCUUUACAACAUGGGCAUGUAUGUGUCCGCAGUUCCUUCCAUUAUCCUAUACAUAUAUGAACUUGUUUGUGUUGUCACUGGGUGUGUGGAGUAUAGUACAUCAUGAAUCUUCAGAUGCAGCCUUGAUGUUUAUGAUGUGCCAUUUAUUCUCUAUACUACACGAUAUCAUUCUGCUUGGAAUCUAUGAGCCUAGAGGUUAUGCAGUGUUUGAACAAAAUCCACAGUUAUAUGGCACUCCAAGAAAUGAAUACAGAUUUUCUCUAGGAAUGGCGAUAGUGAACCUGAUAGCAAAGCCUAUAACAGCAUUCCUGAUAUACAGAAUAUAUCGUGAGCGAGGUGGGUCAUACUCGGACUUCAAUAUCCCAGGAGUUGGCAGUCUGCCAGGAUUUGGUGGCAGCCCGCAGCAUAGCGCCUAUGAAGAUAUAGACACCCCAGCCCCAACAAACCCUGGAGGAAUGGACGACCAUCAACCAUACGAUCCGAGUCAGCAGCCUUACUCUGGGUCAGAGAAGCAUUAGCCAUACUGGAUGCCAUAGCAACUUAAAUAAUGCACUGUAGUUUCAUUGUAACUGUACAUUUACUCUAAACUGAGAUAUCAUGCUUACUGUGAACAUAUUUAAUUUGUGGACACGAAAUUUCGUGAUUUAGACCAAAACAGCUAUUUCGUUGGUGUAUAAAUUAUGUGUAUUAACGUUUUAGUGUAAAUUAAUACAGAAAUGAAAAAUUUUGUUCAUCAUUAUAUACUCGAUAAAAUAUGUAAAAGAAAAUUAUCCUACCUUGACUCCUGUACUACAAUCAAAGUAGAGAGGAAGUCAGAGGGUAAUUUGGCUGCUUAAUUUUUAGCUUAAGAAAAGUUUUGUUAUCAUUGUAAUAAAUGAUAAAUGUAAAAAUAUUCACCAGAUCUAGGUUUGAGUCUUAAAGGACUAUUUCAUACACAUAUAAAUAUGUAAAAAGUUAAUUACACCUAUUUUGUUGAAACUUAGGAGUAACUUUUUGCCAUCUCGGCUUAUUAGCAUAAUAUACGCAACAUGCAAUAUCACUGUGCAAUAUAUAUUUUACAGAGUUAUAAAUGGAAGUUACAAUAAUGACUUUUAUGUACGAUAAAAUAUAGAUCUUUAUACGAAUAGCUAACACAAGAAUACAAGAUGACAUGCUCAGUUUAAAGUAAAAUGUAAUGUUUUAUUAUGGGUUUGAUCACUUAAACUAUUUGAGCUGUUAUUUAACGAAUAGGGAUGAUUUAGGUCUAGGUUUGAGAAUUUCUUUAAGGUAGUGGACUCGUAAAGCAGUAAAUAAUUUCUGAGCGAUUACAUGUUCUUUUAUGGUAUUUCUGUCAUUCUUCAGAUGAUAUAUAUAUAUGAGCCUCUCGCUUUCCAACCAUAACCCGCUGGCUUAGGUCAGUAGGGAGUGUGCCGAUUUACGAAUAGGAGGCUCAUGAGUUCUAUCCUCACGCAGGCUGUAUGGUUUCUGAUAAAGGACAUUGUGUCUGAAAUCAUUCGUCCUCCACCUCUGAUAAUUCAUGUGGGGAAGUCGGCAAUUACUUGUGGAGAACAGGUUUAUACUGGUACAGAAUCCGGAAACACUGGUUUAGGUUAACUGCCCACCGUUACGUAGCUGAAAUACUGUUGAAAAACAGCAUUAAACCUAAAACAAAUAUACCGGAGAAUGCUGGAAUAGCAUACUGACAGUACGGAAUUGAACGGAAAUUUCUGAUUAUCGUUACGUAUCUUCUACCUUAAAAGAGUUUUGAGGGGAGAUAACUGUACAAAUAUACUUGCUUGUUAGAAUGAGGGCAAAUUUUAGGGUGUGAGUAGUUGGUUGGUUAGAAACUGCUGGAUAUAUUGCGGGUACUUGUAGUUGACAGUGAGGUAAAGGCCUUCUUAAUAUGUGAAGACAGGAUGUUUAGAAGGCGUAUUUAACUGUUGAAGGUGUUUUUCAGCUCUUUCUUUAAACAUUGUUUUUUUUUUGUUCUGAAGUAUCAGCUAUUUAAGUUGAUAGUAGAGUAUGGACUGCAAUGUGAAUUUGAACAAGGUCUUUUUUGUCUCCUGUGAAUUUUUGGCAUAAGACAGUCUGUUGGAAUGUUAAAUUUUAAAUUAAUGAAUUUACAUGUACAUUUCUUUAAAAUAUAGUUCUACAAUUAUUCAUGUAUCUUAUUUGAAAGUGACACCUAUAGUUGUUUCAAAAUAUGUUGUUUUGAAACUGCAUCAACUAUGCAUCUUUCCUUAGAAGUAGAAUGGUGUCUCCAAGAAUAUAAAGCAACUCAAAGAUUUAUUUUAAAUUGUUAAACUUGACUGUGCUUUUUCCCAGAGUAGCACUUUACUUUAUUAUUUUGUCUUGGUCAAACAGAUGGUUUUGGACACAGGUUGUUACUUGAAAACAUGGCACAGCUUCUAUUAUAUGCAUUCCAGCCAUGUAGUUAUUUGUCUUGUGUUAUCUCAUUUCAGUUAUUGUCAUGUGCAUAUUAUACGUUCUUAACAUUCCAGUCUAUUAAUGUAUAUGUUAUGUGUAUGUCUCGUGUAUAAUCUAAACUUUAUUUGCAUAAGUUUGAACAGUUAGUCCACAAUGCACUAAUACUUAAAUUUGUACCAAACAGCAGUUUUCAUGUUAACCUCAAGUAGGACAAGAUUCAUUUACAUGUUUUAUUCAGUCACUGUGAAUGAGUGAUAUAUAUUAGUGGAAUUCACUUGUUUCUUCAAAUAAUAGUAUCAAAGAUACUUACACUUGAAAGAAACUAUAAAAUGAGUAAAAUUUUGUUAAAACCUGAAAGAGAAAGAAGAUUUGUUUGUUUUAUAUAUGAGCUGCGCCAUGAGAAAACCAACAUAGUGGGUAUGCGACCAGCAUGGAUCCAGACCAGCCUGCGCAUCCGCGCAGUCUGGUCAGGCUCCAUGCUGUUCGCUUUUAAAGUCUAUUGGAAUUGGAGAAACUAUUAGCGAACAGCAUGGAUCCUGACCAGACUGCGUGGAUGCGCAGGCUGGUCUGGAUCCAUGCUGGUCGCAUACCCACUAUGUUGGUUUUCCCAUGGCGCGGCUCAUAUGCAAGAUCAAAAUAUUUUUCCACUCAUAAAUACCAGAUGUUACAAUGUCACUAGAUCUUGUGAAAAUAUUGAAGCAACUGUUGUUUAUAGAGCGAAAGACACUUUCAUCUUACACAGAAACCAACAGAUUCUCUUUUCAAUACAUUUUUAGCUCACAUGUCACAAAGUGACAAUGUGAGCUUUUGUGAUCACGCAGCGUCCGUCUGUGCAUCCGUAAACUUUUGCUUGUGAUCACUCUAGAGGUCACAUUUUUCAUGGGAUCUUUAUGAAAGUUGAUCAGAAUGUUUAUCUUGAUGAUAUCUAGGUCAAGUUCGAAACUGGGUCAACUGCGAUCAAAAACUAGGUCAGUAGGUGAAAUAAUAAAAAACCUUGUGACCUCUCUAGAGGCCAUAUUUUUCAUGGGAUCUGUAUGAAAGUUGGUCAGAAUGUUCAUCUUGAUGAUAUCUAGGUCAAGUUCGAAACUGGGUCAACUGCGGUCAAAAAGUAGGUCAGUAGGUCAAAUAAUAAAAAAACAUUGUGACCUCUCUAGAGGCCAUAUUUUUCAUGGGAUCUUCAUGAAAGUUAUUCAGAAUGUUCACCUUGAUGAUAUCUAGGUCAAGUUCGAAACUGGGUCACGUGCCUUCAAAAACUAGGUCAGUAGGUCAAAUAAUAAAAAAACCUUGUGACCUCUCUAGAGGCCAUAUUUUUUAUGGGAUCUGUAUGAAAGUUGGUCAGAAUGUUCGUCUCCAUAAUAUCUAGGUCAAGUUCGAAACUGGGUCAACUGCGGUCAAAAAGUAGGUCAGUAAGUCAAAUAAUAAAAAAAACUUGUGACCUCUCUAGAGGCCAUACUUUUCAUGGGAUCUGUAUGAAAGUUGGUCAGAAUGUUUAUCUUGAUGAUAUCUAGGUCAAGUUCGAAACUGGGUCAACUGCGGUCAAAAACUAGGUCAGUAGGUCUAAAAAUAGAAAAACCUUGUGACCUCUCUAGAGGCCAUACUUGUGAAUGGAUCUUCAUGAAAAUUGGUCAGAAUGUUCACCUUGAUGAUAUCUAGGUCAAGUUCGAAACUGGGUCACAUGCCAUCAAUAACUAGGUCAGUAGGUCAAAUAACAAAAAAACCUUGUGACCUCUCUAGAGGCCAUAUUUUUCAUUGGAUCUGUAUGAAAAUUGGUCAGAAUUUUUAUCUUGAUGAUAUCUAGGUCAAGUUCGAAACUGGUUCAACUGCGGUCAAAAACUAGGUCAGUAGGUCUAAAAAUAGAAAAACCUUGUGACCCCUCUAGAGGCCAUACUUUUCAAUGUAUCUUCAUGAAAAUAAGUCAGAAUGUUCACCUUGAUGAUAUCUAGGUCUUGUUCGAAACUUGGUCACGUGUUUUUAAUAACUAGGUCAGUAGGUCAAAUAACAAAAAAGCCUUGUGACCUCUCUAGAGACCAUAUUUUUUAUGGGAACUAUAUGAAAAUUGGUCUGAAUGUUCAUCUUGAUGAUAUCUAGGUCAGGUUUGAAACUGGAUCAACUGCGGUCAAAAACUAGGUCAGUAGGUCUAAAAAUAGAAAAACCUUGUGACCUCUCUAGAGGCCAUACUUUUGAAUGGAUCUUCAUGAAAAUUGGUCAGAAUGUUCACCUUGAUGAUAUCUAGGUCAAGUUCGAAACUGGGUCACGUGCCUUCAAUAACUAGGUCAGUAGGUCAAAUAAUAAAAAAUCCUGUGACCUCUCUAGAGGCCAUAUUUUUCAGUGGAUCUUCAUGGAAGUUGGUUAGAAUUUUUAUCUUGAUGAUAUCUAGGUCAGAUUCAACACUGGGUCACAUGAGCUCAAAAACUAGGUCACAAUGUCAAAUAAUAGAAAAAAACGACAUCAUACUCGGUUUAAAACUGGGUCAUGUGGGGACAGGUGAGCGAUUCAGGACCAUCAUGGUCCUCUUGUUUAUGUAUGUGUCUUUAGCUUUCACAUCUCUAAAAUUCAGACCGUCCAUCACCAUGAAAUGGUUUUUAUGUUUGAUGUUAUUUGCAUUACUGAUACAACACUGAAGAAAAGUCCAUUUCAGAAAUUUAGCCGAGAGUAAAGGUUACGAUUCUAAAAAAAAAAACAUCUGUUGUUCAUACUGAAAGUAGAAUCUUGUUAUUGUAAACAAAUUAUAUUCUAAGAUAUUUGAGCCGUGCCAUGGGAAAACCAACAUAGUGGGUUUGCGACCAGCAUGGAUCCAGACCAGCCUGCGCAUCUGCGCAGUCUGGUCAGGAUCCAUGCUGUUCGCUAACAGUUUCUCCAGUUCCAAUAGGCUAUAAAAGCGAACAGCAUGGAGCCUGACCAGACUGCGCAGAUGCGCAGGCUGGUCUGGAUCCAUGCUGGUCGCAAAGCCACUAUGUUGGUUUUCCCAUGGCGCGGCUCAUUUUUACAUGAAUGCAGUUUCAUUUGUCAUGACAACAAAAUUUUUAAAAACAACCAUUCGCCAUGGAAAGACUAUGAGUUAAGGCCCUUGCUGAAACCAAAAAUACAUGGUUAUGUUCUUUUUUUAGCAGAAUGUUUCAGACAAUCUUCAAAUAUUCAGAUGUAUGAUUGAAAAUAAGUGAUUUACACAGGUUGUUGCAUAGAUGACACAGAAUAUCAGUGGCAAACACAACAACAAAAAAUCUGCCAUGGAAGUCUUAAAGUGACAUCGCUAAACAUAUUGGUGACACACUUAAAUGCAAUAUUACUCCUUGUUGUUUAGUAUAAAAAAAUAAAACCCCUUCAUAUUAAGCAAAAAUGAGUCCCUUGUAUACAACACAGAAACUACAUGUUCAGAAUGAUGGAACCUCGGAGAAAUGAGAAAAUGAAACAUCUGUUGUUAUUUUUUCACAACGGCAUUUUGUAUUCAUCGCUUAAUGUACUGUCUUCCCAUGAAAAAAUCAAAAUGGUAGUUAGAACAGAUAUAUCUUUUAUGGGUUGUUUAAUAGAUAUAAACAUUUAAGAAUUCCACCUGAUAUUGCAACAUGGAAUAACUUUUAAAUAGACACAACUCCAUAUCUUAAAGGGGCAAAAAUACACCAUCUUUAGGGGCACAACUAUAAAUAUUAAAGGGGCACUCCUUCAAAUUAGGGAACAGUGUCAUUAUUUUAAGAAGAAAUAGCAGAAAAGACAAAAAAUAAAAAAAUAUACAUUAGUAGUAUUAAGAGUGUGAUUCUUUUCUGUUUUACAUGAAAGAUUUACUGUGUUACUGACACAUUUACUGUGUUACUAACACAGUAGAUAGUUUUUCUACCUGUGUUUUCAGAAUACUAGGUAACAUUUUUUGAAUUAUAUAGUGUUUACUUAUUUUAUUUAAUGAAAAUACAACUGAAAUUAGUGGACAUGAAUCAUGAGAUGUGCCCCUUUAAGGAAUAUUAUGUAUUAAGAGAGUUAAUAUUUAUCUGUUGAUAUACAAUGUAUAUAUAUAUAUGGAGACUUAUCUAUUAUGUAUUUGUUGCAGGUUAAGUUUUAUUAAGUACCUUGUAGUGCCUCUUGUUGUAUUAUUUGGUUGUAAGAUUUUUAUGUUUACCGGAAAACUUUAUUUGAUUUUAUAUCAGCUGAACUAAUAAGAUCAUGAUUCAAAGCUGUCACAUUCCCGUUUUCCAAAUUUGGAAAUGUCCUGUAUUUUCCAUUACUUUUUAGCUCCAUUAUUCAGAGAAAAGGGGGGCUAUACUUUUCGCCCCGGCAUCGGCGUGACCCUUCUUGGUUAAAAUUUUUUGGCAACCUUUGUUUUUCUGUCAUAUCUUUGUAACUGUUGCUUAUAUCUUACUGUAACUUCAUAUAAACAUUGUCCAGUAUACAAACAAUGUAUGUGUAGGGGCUGAGCCCAUUAUACCCAAGGUCAAGGUCAUCAGGCUGUUAUACUUAGGUUAUUUUUAAGGUUAAAGUUUUUCAGCAACCUUUCUUUUCUGUCAUAUCUUUGUUACUAUUGCUUAUAUCUUACUGUAACUUUACAGAAAAUUAUCCAGUAAACAAACAAAGUAUGUAUAGGGGCUGAGCCAAUUAUACCCAAGGUCAAGGUCACCAAGGGGUUAUUCUUGGGUUAUUUUUAAGGUUAAAGUUUUUCGGCAUCCUUUGUUUUUCUGUCAUAUCUUUGUUACUAUUGCUUAUAUCUUACUGUAACUUUACAUAAACAUUGUCCAGCAUGCAAACAAAGUAUGUUUAGGAAUGGGCCCAUUAUACCCAAGGUCAAGGUCACCAAGAAGUUAUACUUUGAAUUAUUUUCAUGUUAAAUUUUUUCGAGAGCUUCGUUUAUAGACAUAUCUUUGGUACUUUAAAAGAUAAUGACUUGAAAUUAAAAGUGUUUGUUUAUAAUCAUCUGCAUGUGUGGAUACAUGUUUUUGACAGAAUUAUGCCCCUUUUGUACUUAAACUUUUUUGCAAUCUUUGCUUUCUGAAUAUAACUUUAAUGCAAAUAUAAGAUAAAGACUUGAAACUUAAAAUGUAUCUUUAUCAUCAUUAUCUGCAUGUGUGGUAACAAUCCCCAUAACUCUGAUUUGUAUUUUUGACCGAAUUAUGACCCUUUUAUACAUAAAUUUUUACAAACUGCAUUUUCUGGACGUAACUUUGGUACUAUAUAAGACAAUGACUUGAAACUCAAAAUAUAUCUUUAUCAUCAUCAUCUGCAUGUGUUGUAACAAUCCUAAUAACUCAAAUUUGUGUAUUUGAUGGAAUUAUGCCCCUUGGUGUAUCUUCCUUUUAAAGUAGAGGUCUCUUAUUCAGAUAUAUAUUCAUUUUACUGUCAAAUCCCCAAAUAGUGGAGCGCGCUGUCUUAGAGACAGCUCUUGUUGAAUUUUUUUGUUAAGAUUUGGAUUUUUCAGUUUUGCAAAUUUUGAUAGCCUUGCUUCGCCCACUUUUCCUACAAGUAUGUGUCAGUUCGGCAUUGUUCGGCUAUAACUGAUUUUUUUUUUUUCAAAAUAACCAGCAAAUGCCAAAUCACACUUGUGUAAAUUGAUGUAAAUUGCUGAUUGUCUUUAUUGUGUCCUCUACCUUACUGUUGUUGUUGAAAUGGGGAAAUGAGGUCUGUGUGCUCUUUAUCAUUGGGUGGUUACAGUUUAACAUGGAUUUGUCUGUACUGUCAAGACUUUCUCCAAAUAUGAAGGUGAAAUAAAUGAGCCGUGCCAUGAGAAAACCAACAUAGUGGGUUUGCGACCAGCAUGGAUCCAGACCAGCCUGCGCAUCCGCGCAGUCUGGUCAGGAUCCAUGCUGUUCGCUAACAGUUUCUCCAAUUCUAAUAGGCUUUAAAUGCAAACAGCAUUGAUCCUGACCAGACAGCGCGGAUGCGCAGGCUGGUCUGGAUCCAUGCUGGUCGCAAACCCACUAUGUUGGUUUUCCCAUGGCACGGCUCAAAUGUUGCCUCAAACUUUUAAAGCAAUAGAAAGUGCAGUUUUAGCCAGUAAAAUCUGUCGAUGUAAAAGUUGAUGUUGGUUUGUUACCUAAAGAUGUUUUCUGAAUAAAAAGUGUGUAUUUUACUCAAUUCUACAAAAUGGGAACGGAUGGGGGUAGUUGGAGUGAAAGAUGGUUGUCGGCCUGUAGUUUUAAAAACAUUCCACACUUUGUUAUGAUGUUAUGAAAAGUUUGUAUUAAGUAGUUUAUUGUUGGACUGGUGUAAAUAUAUACAUUUGUAUUUUGAGCAUUGAAGGGGAAAUUGUCUUAACUCUUACUGAAUAAAGUAGGAGUUACAUCAGUUUUUCAUUCAGCCCUUGUUUUAAAUAUUGUUUGUUUUUCUAGUUUAUGUAAGAUAUCCGUGGGAUUAAAAAAGGAAGAAAUUGUAUUUGAAACUGUACUGUUUAGUCAAUUUGCAUGUGCAUUAUAAUUACACGUCUUUGAAAAUUUAUUUAUCAUAAAUUUAUGUCAAGUCGAGCUGAUAUCUAACCAGUUUAUUGAAUGGGUUUAUGUGUGAAAAAUAAAAAAAAUUGUUGAGCAAUUUCUUGGUCUGAUUUAAACUUAGUGUAACAGAGAUGUUGUUUCAAAUUAGGUGUAUGAAUUACCCAAGUAUUACAAAAUUAUUAAUGAUGUUGGAGGUAAUAUUUAAUGUUGAGGAAAAGAUGCUUCUGUCUUGUAUAUUUGGCUUUUUUGUGUUAUUUAUUUUAUUGAAUAUUUUAUAGUCUGCGGUGAUGGGCUGUUUAGAUAAUAAGAUUUAUACCAAAUGUAGAUUGAUACCAAAUGUGCAUUUGUGUUUUUGUUUUUGUUUUUUUUGCAUUCAUUACUAUUAAAGGGGCAUGCCUUAGGUUUAUAUCAGUUUUUUUUUUUUUAAAUUUGGAAAAUAUUUCGAUUUGUAAGUAAUUAUUAACCAUGUCAUUAUUAAUAAGUAUUUAUUUACUUGUGUUAAUACCUAUAUAAACAUUUAAACUAAAAAAGUUCUGUGUGUCAGUUACAUGUACACAGUAAAAAUGGUGACAAAAAGUAACAGAAAGUUAACUGUACUUGUAUUGUACUGAUGAAACAUUUACAUAAAUAAUUUAGAUUAAUGAUUGUUUAUACUCUAUAGAAUAUUUGUGAUUUAUAUGUCUUGGCAUUACCCCUUUAAUAUGUGGUCAUUUUAGAUUUCUGUUCAUACUCGUAAUACUUUAAUACUGAUGUCAUGUACUCCUAUAAAGUAGGAAUCCGUUCUUUUUAUGCCAGCUUAGAUAUUAAAUAGACACUGCUGAAUCGGGGCCAAAGAAAUUGAGAUCUCUUUUUUUUUUUCCCUUAAAAUUCUGAAGAAUAUAUCAUUAUUAGAAAUUUCCUACAACAGUCGUAUCUGUGAAGGAUGUUUAUUUGGUAUGAUAUUCACUCAUUCCUAUAUUUAUUUUUAAAUCUUAGUUUCUUAGUUUUAAGCCAUUCAAGUUGCUAUGAUUGUCGGUUGUUGUAACAUAUAUGAGAAUUUUGUAACUUCUGAUUUGUAUUCGUAGUUAAAGUAUAAUCAGUAUUUUGUCUGUUUCAGGGUUUAGGUGAACAGUCUUUGCUUAUUGAUCCUAAUUAGGUAAAAUUUUCCCUUCUCCACACUUAGAAUAAUCUAUAUAUUAUUUAUGUUUGUCUAUAGAUAAACAAAUGUUUUUUAUAGUAGGAUAAAGUUGGUAUUACCUAGCCAGUUAAAAAGCUUAUCUCAAAUUUCUGUUAACUUGCAUUAAAAAAAAAAAAACAAGAAAAAAGAGGACUUAGAAUUUUUAUUUAUAAUUUAUUAAUAUAAAUUCAUUUUCUGAACAAGUAAUUUAUGAUAUAUAAAUUGACAUUCAGUAUAAAUUGACAUUCAGGUGUAUGUAGGGAGCAGUUGCUCAUUGAACUGUGUUGGACCUUCUGAACUACAUAGGUAUUUGUUGCUAAGGGCUUUUUACUCUGUGUAAUUUUCUGAAAACUUUCUAAAUUUCAGAUAAAAGACUUUAAUCUCAAGCAUUUACAUAAUCUAAUGGCAUUUGUAUUCUCUACAAGUAUACAACAACAGUUUGUGGGAUAUUUUAACAUUUAUAAACAAAUGUAGCUUAGACAUUCAAGGGAUGUAAACGCAUAGGAAAAUCAAAAUGAAUAAGAGUUUGCUCCCUUGUACAUUAGUGAAUAAGCAUGUGCAUGAAUAUUUUGCCAUGCCCAUUAAUCCCAAUGUUAAAAAUAGCAAACUUUGAAAAUAGUUUUUACAGUAAGUAUGUUGAAAGCUUAUUCUGUGUCAAUAUUCAUUUACAUUAGGAAUUUACUCAUAUAACUGUAUUUUAGCUUGAUUCUAAUUUCUACUGAUUCUCAGAAUUCAGAAUUAAAGUGACAUGCUUACAGAUUUACUUUUAUUUGUUAGUAUUUCCUUAAGUUUGAGGCAGUUUAGAAAAAUAGAAAAAGUACUCCAUAUCGGCAUGUUCUAAUUUCUGGCCUGGCCUGAGAUUGGGCUCAUUGGGCUAGGCUAGGCCAGGCCAGAUUUUAGAACAUGCUUUCCAGUAGUUCACAAAAUACACAGAAAAGCUAUCAGCUGUGUUCGCUACUUUGUAUUAACAUUACUGUUUUAUUUUGUAUCAACAUUACCAUUUUAAAAAGUUUGUGUUGCUGUUCACGUAGAAGUUUGCCCCUUUAAAAGUUUGUGGCUUAAGUUGAUACAUUCCAGUGUUUGUAAUUGAAAAUAUUAUACUUGCAGCAGUACCUGUAUUUUAUUCUGUGCUUGUGCUUGUGUUUGCAUUAUUUAGCAGUAACUGUUAUUUUCUCAUUAGGCGAGUCAUUUUGGUCUACAUGAGCCGUGCCAUUAGAAAACCAACGUAGUGGGUUUGCGACCAGCAUGGAUCCAGACCAGACUGCGCGGAUACGCAAAGCCACUAUGUUGGUUUUCCCAUGGCUCAGUCAUAAUUAUUUUGGAGAAAACCAUAGAAUUGGCUUGCAAGAAUGGACCUGUGUUUUAUAUUGUAUAAAAACUAGCAUAUCACAUUGAAGCUCACCUGAGCUAAAGUAAUUUUGUAUUAUAAUGUAAGGAAAAUGUUGUGGAAUUGAGAAUUCUGACUGCCACUGGGCUAAUUAACCAGGUUUUUCGUUGAAAACCUGAGUUAUUAGAUUGGGGUAUGUCGUUGGUCGGGCGGGCGGCGGCGUCAAACUGGUGUUUCCGGUCAAUAACUUUUGUUUCGGUAAAGAUAUUUGAAUAAAACUUGGUAUGUAUGUAGCUUAUAUCAAGACAAAGGCUGGGAUUGAUUUUGGGGUUUCUGGGGUCAAGGUCAAGGUCACUGUUACUUAAAAUAGAAAAAGGGUUUCCGGUCAAUAACUUUUGAUUCGGUAAAGAUAUUUGAAUAAAACUUGGUUUGUAUGUAGCUUAUAUCAAGACAAAGGCUGGGAUUGAUUUUGGGGUUUCUGGGGUCAAGGUCAAGGUCACUGUUACUUAAAAUAGAAAAAGGGUUUCCGGUCAAUAACUUAGGAGUGAGCUAUCAUGAUGAAACUUGGUGUAUAGAAAACUUAUAUAAAGUUGUAGCUUGGGAUUGAUUUCGGGGUUUCUGGGAUCAAGGUCAAGGUCAUUGUUACUAAAAAUAGGGUUAGGGUUAGGGUUGUGCUUUAAAGUGGUGCACUGUGAUUCAGUAUACUUUUUUAUUCUUAUGAAAAGUGUUGAAAACUUGGUUUCGUGGCAUUGCCACGUUUCUUGUUUUCAAAUGCUGUAUAUAGAUGAAAGUCUGUAACAAUGUAAUUGGUUUAAAUUGGCCCAGAAACCGUUGUAUCUACUUCACUGUUAAAUAAAGCAAAAUUUCAGAAUUCUGUUUUCAAAACAAUUCUGUAUCAGUUGUGCAGCCUGUAACUAAACACUUAAGAUAGCAUUAUUGGACCAUCAUUUCCUGUUUAAAGACCAGAAAGUUAUUUGUCAAUCAUCUGAAAUGCAAGUUAAAAAUGGAACACAGGUUGAUUCUUGUUAGGUCUCUGUAAGUGCACUACUUUCUAUCUGAUGUUUACACCUUUACUUUACUAAACCAAUCAUCUGUGCAAUAUGUAUACUGUGAUAAUUAGCUAGAAAUAAAACAGUAUGCAGUUUAA